CCGAAUCAUUGUAUUUUUACCAACAGUUAAGUGAAGAUCAAAUUAAUAAAAUGAGAAUUUUUAUAGUGUUGAGUGCCAUUUUUGGAGUGUUAAGUGCUGUUCCUUAUGGAUCGAAAUAUGGAGGAGGUGGUGGUGGUGUUAUUGCCAUUGAGCCUCAAGGGCAUAUUGGAGGUGGAUUUUCGGGAUCAGCUGCAAAUGCUGGAGCACAGAGCAGCUCAUUAAGCAGUGGUAUUAAAGGAGGAUAUGGAGGGGGUGGAAUGGGUCAUGGAAGUGCUGGACAUGGAGGAUUUGGUAGUGGUAUGGAGCAUGGAGGAUUCGGUGGGGGAUCUUCAGGAUCUGCAUCACAAGCUGGCGCUCAAACUAGCUCUCUAUCAUCAGGUGGUAUUGGUGGUGGAUUAGGCCAUAGUGGAUCAAUUGGUCAUUCAGGAGGUCACAGUGGACUAGGAAGUGGUCAUAGUGGUGGAAUUUCGGGUUCAGGGGCACAAGCUGGCGCAGGCUCAUCUUCAAUUACUUCAGGUGGAAUUGGGGGAGGUUCAGGCCAUGCUGGAUCGAUUGGUCUUGAUCACGGCAUUGGAGGGGGUAUAGGACAUGGCGGUGGCAUUUCAAGCUCAGGUUCACAAGCUGGUGCAGGAACAUCCUCGAUAUCAGGAGGAGGGAGUCAUGGGGGUUCAAUCGGUCACGGAAAUGGAAUUGGUCAUGAAAUAGGCAUUGGUCAUGGAGGACAUGGAGGAAGUCAUGGAAUUGGACAUGGCGGUGGCAUUUCAGGCUCAGGUUCACAAGCUGGUGCAGGAACAUCCUCGAUAUCAGGAGGAGGGAGUCAUGGGGGUUCAAUCGGUCACGGAAAUGGAAUUGGUCAUGAAAUAGGCAUUGGUCAUGGAGGACAUGGAGGAAGUCAUGGAAUUGGACAUGGCGGUGGCAUUUCAGGCUCAGGUUCACAAGCUGGUGCAGGAACAUCCUCGAUAUCAGGAGGAGGGAGUCAUGGGGGUUCAAUCGGUCAUGGAGGACAUGGAGGAAGUCACGGAAUUGGACAUGGCGGUGGCAUUUCAGGCUCAGGUUCACAAGCUGGUGCAGGAACAUCCUCGAUAUCAGGAGGAGGGAGUCAUGGGGGUUCAGUCGGUCAUGGAAGUGGAAUUGGUCAUGGAGGACAUGGAGGAAGUCACGGAAUUGGACAUGGUGGGGGAAUUGCUGGCUCAGGUUCACAAGCUGGUGCAGGAUCAUCCUCUUCAGGAGGUAGCAUAGGAGGAGGAAUUGGUCAUGAUAUUGGUCAUGGUGCACAUCAUGGAGGUGAAAUUGGCCCCAUCGCUCCUAUAGCCCCAAUUGCACCUAUUGCCCCAAUUGGUCCAAUUGGUGGUAUUUCAAGCUCAGGUGCUAAUGCAGGUGCAUCAUCAAUUACAUCAGGAGGUAGUGCUGGGGGAUUAGGUCAUAGUAGCGGAAUUGCUCAUGGAGGAGGUCAUUCUGGUGGAUUUGGAGGAUCAGGCUCAUCAGCUGGUUCUUCAGCAGGCUCAGCUUCUUCAGGAGGUUUUGGAUUUGGUGGUCUCGGACAUACAGGAGGCUUCGCAGGUCACAAUAUGGGAGGUUUUGGAGGGUUCGGAAUGCCUGGUUUUGGAAUGCCAGCAUUUGGAUUCGGAAAUAUUGGUGGAAUUGUUCCAUUUGGAGGAGGAUUUAGCUCAUCAGGUGCAAAUGCUGGCGCUAGCUCGUUAUCAAGUGGUGGUGGAUUUGGAUUAGGAGGAUUUGGUGGUUCAGGAGCUAGUGCAAAUUCAGGCUCAUUAUCUAGCGGUGGUGCUUUUGGAUUGGGUGGCUUAGGAGGUCACUCUGGUGGUCUUAGUUCAUCAGGAGCUAGUGCUAAUGCUGGUUCAAGUUCAUUGUCAGGCGGUUUGGGUCAUGGAGGAUUUGGCUCAUCAGGAGCUAGUGCUAAUGCUGGUUCAAGUUCAUUGUCAGGCGGUUUGGGUCAUGGAGGAUUUGGCUCAUCAGGAGCUAGUGCUAAUGCUGGUUCAAGUUCAUUGUCAGGCGGUUUGGGUCAUGGAGGAUUUGGCUCAUCAGGAGCUAGUGCUAAUGCUGGUUCAAGUUCAUUAUCAAGUGGAGGAAGCUUUGGGGGACACGGGGGUCAUGGAAUCGGUGGAGGAUCAAGUCAAGGAAUAGCAUCUGCAGGUGGUCAUUCAAGCAGCGGUGGGGGUUAUGGAAAAUAAGCUCAACCAAUUAGGAGUGCAAAGUUUUUUUAUUUUAAGUCAAUAUGUGAUAGAUCAUUUAU